AUGCCCACCUCCAGGAACCCCCGCUUAGGGGUGUCCCGGGACAGCAGCGACUCCUGUAGUCUGAGCCCAACGGAGACCCCGAGGGGCCCAAGGAAGCCUUCAGGAAAUAAGAGAGCCCGAUCCUUGGACCGGCAGGUUCUCAGGAAGGACCCUGAGUCCUCGAACUCCAGGCACCUCUCCAGCACCACCUGCAGGAGGACAGCCAGCGAUCGAGCCCGAGGUUCUGAGAGCCCAUCUCACUUUGCAGAGGCCCAGGGCCCUGCCGCCGCUGCCACAGCCCGCCCUCUGGGAGAGGGGAACAAAUUUCUCCCCAGUGAGCAGGGGCCCCCAGAAGACACCAAGAAAGAGAGGCCUCCGAGGGAGGCCCAGCACAGCUGGUUGAGGGCGGUGUUUGAUCUCUUACUCAUGAGGCUAGAGGAGCCCAGAGAAAAAGCCAGCAAGAUGUCAAAGGGGAAAGGGAACCUACCAGAGGCAGCUGAGGAGCCAGCCCUUAAAAAGAAAUCCCAGGAGAAGAGGGCCGUCCGCAAGAAAUACAGUCACAGGAAGCCCAUUGCUGAAGAGCCUCCUGAGCCCCAGACCGCAGAAGCAAAAGGCCAAGAGGACAUACCACCCAGUGUAGCUGCCUCACUCGCCACUGAGGAGACAGACUUGGGGCUGAUCUGCAGGGGGGGACCAGAGUCUGACCUCCCUCAGGCCUUGCCCGCCGAAGGAGGCCAUGCUGAAACCCCAGGUAGCUCUGGUCAAGCCGCAGGUCCUCCACCAGAAGAGGACCCCAGGAAGCCUGACCAGGAUGACGUCAUCUGGCAGAUCGUGGAAUUGCUCAAGAAAGCUGGAGACCUUCUGGAAGAAGAGCAAGUCCCUCAGCCGGAAGUCAUUCCUCCACAAAAACCAACGCCACCCCCCAGGAAGAAAUCCCUGGAGAAGAAGUCUAGCCUGAAGAGAGCCUUGUCCCUCAAGAAGACUACCUCCGAGGAACCCAAGAGAGUGGGCUUAGCCACUAUCCUUGGCCCAGAAACCCGGCCCAAGAGGCCCAGCUUCCUACCCCUGUGUGUUAGUGGUCCCCGAACUUCCACCUCCAGGAGCUACGACUCAGAGGCGCCCACGGUCCAUGAAGUUCGGUCUGUACGUGGUGGAGGCUCCCAUCCCUCUGAGCUCCACCCGCCACCUGCUGUAUUUCAGGGACCCGAGGAGAAGCCACUGCUGGACAGAGCCUCGGAAUCCAGAGAAUUCAGGCGGAAGAUCCUGGCCCUACUCCAGAGCGCAGAGGAAGAGCAGCAGCAAGUUCAAGUGAAGGAGGCAGAGGAGGCCGGAGAGCACCCCGCCCCAGCCGGCAAGGUGAAGUCACAGGCGAAGAAGUCUAACCUCCGGAGAGCCUUUUCUCUUAGGAAACACGGCUCCAAGGAGUCUAAGAGAACGGAGGCUUCAGGGACUCCAGGCUCCGGCAACCUGGAGGCGCGGCCACCCAAGAGGCACGGCUUCCUGCCCAUGUGUGUCGGUGGCCACAGAGCUUCCAUCCCCAGCAGUCCAGAAAGCCUGGAGUUCCAGAAGGCGGAGGCUGCAGGAGGGGGACCAGCUGGCUCCCCAGAAGUGCCGUUCCAGGCUAGAAGCCACAUACCAGAUGAGGGGCCUCCACCAGAGGGAGCCUGGGAAUCUAAGGAGCUUAUCAUCCAAAAGCUGGUGGCCAGUCUCCAGGAGGUGGACAGGGAACUAGGGAGGCAGAUCCGGAAGUACCCCAGCUUCAGGCGUUUUUUUAAUGAGUUCUCAGAUGCCUCCCUCAGGAAGCUGGUGGCCACCUUAGACAGACAGAAGGCCCUCCUCGCAGAGGAAGACAGGAGCCUCGGCAACAGGCCGCCACCACCUUGUGCCUUCGGAGCACUGAACAAGUUUGCCACCAACCACAGCUGCGCCAUCUGCACUCUAAUGCAGUCCAGAGGCCAAUACAGGGGACACAGUUACGCCCACUUCCUGUCCAGGAAGGCCCAGCAGGACAUCAUGAGUCUGGAUGGCCAGAGUCCAGACUGAAGGCCACAUCCCAUACACAAGUUCUUUCGGAAUAGCUGAGGGUCAGCAGCUGUGGUGGGCAGAGCUUGAAAACCCUGCAGGGUGGCCCUCUUUUGUGCUUCCCAGACCAACGUCCCUGCAGGCAAAAACAGACAAUGGACAGUCCUGUGUGAGCUCAGCACUGUCUGAGGACACCACUUUCUUCCUGGAUGCUGGACCCAGAGGCUGUGCUGGGGUCAACACUGGAAUGGGGUUAGGAGGUCAGGCUCCGUGGAGUGAACCUGAGGAGAAGCUCUCCCCUCUGCAGUCUCUACAUCCCAACCCCCUACCCCCACUCCCUCAUCACCCCCCCAUGAAAUGACACCUGCUGGAUCCAUGAGUCUUAGUGUGUGUGCAUGUCUGUCUGUCUGUCUGUCUCUGUGUGUCUUUGUGGGGAGGGAAGGAGUGUAGGUCAGAGGUCAUCCCCAGUUCCUCUCCAGUGCUGACGACAUCACAAACCUCUGCCACCCCACCCCACCGUACUUGAGUCUUUGUUUUGAAAAAUAGUUUUGUUUUUUUUUUAAAAAUUCAUUUUCUAACUGCAAAAUGCAUUUUUACUCAAACAGCUGGGUCUCUGCCAAGUCACUCACCCAGUUGGUCAGGUAAUGCUCAGGGAUCCAUGAGAGACCCCUGGGAACUCUGUAGACCCCAGCAGGAGCCUGGGCUAACCUAUAGCUCAGAGGGGUGACUCCUGAUCUCCCAGAAUCCUGUUAACCUUUAUGAAGAUUCCGGUUAUCUAGUGCGUGUUUACAAUUAUCUCCCCCUGUGGCCCAGACAAGACCAGCAUCUCUCAAUCCCAUCCCAGGCUCUCAAGUACUGAGGCUACAGUUGUGGGCCACCACACCUGGGCUACUUUAUCAUGGUCACAGCUUUUCAGAAAGUCGAAGAGGGCUUCAAGCCGGACUGCCCCAGACGGCCGCAAAGAUGUGGACUGACAGCCUCUUGCCCUAAGACAUGCCAUCUCCAUCCUUUCUGUCCUGGCUGGUUUUGUGCCAACGUGACACGAGCUGGAAUUAUCACAGAGAAAGGAGCCUCCGUUGUGGAAAGGUCUCCAUGAGACCCAGCUGUAAGGCAUUUUCUCAAUUAGUGAUCAACACGGGAGGGCCCAGCCCGUUGUGGGUGGUGCCAUCCCUGGGCUGGUGGUCCUGGGUUUUAUAAGAAAGCAGGCUGAGCAAGCCAGGGAAAGCAAGCCAGUAAGCAGCACCCCUCCAUGGCGUCUGCAUCAGCUCCUGACUCCAGGUUCCUGCCCUGUGUGAGUUCCUGUCCUGACUUCUUUUGGUGAUGAACAGCGAUGUAAGAAGUGUAAGCAGGACAAAAAACCCUUUCUUGGUUGGGGAUUUAGCUCAGUGGUAGAGCGCUUGCUUAGGAAGUGCAAGGCCCUGGGUUUGGUCCCCAGCUCCGAAAAAAAGAACCAAAAAAAAAAAAAAAAAAAACAAAAAAAACCAAAAAAACAAAAACAAAAAAACAAACCCUUUCUUCUCAACUUCUUUUUUGGUCACAGUGUUGUAGAAACCCUGACUAAAAUUCUGUCCUCACUGAUGGCUGUGACGUGCCUUGAAAUGGGUCCUCUUGUGGAUGUGUCUGUCUUCACAACUGUGAGGUGUGAGUGGAAAAGCCUCCGCCUGACACCCGGUUAGGCAGUGACUCCCAUAUACCACAUGUCCAUCCCCACACACUGGUGCUGGAGCCACUGACCCCUGGGCAAUGGGCAGGAAUGUAAAACCUGGAUGACAGACGGAACGUUGUCAGCCUUGGAGACUUUUGGUGGCCACGGCAGGCUCAUGGCACGAGCGGCUGGGUGGCUGAGUGAGGGGAGGGAGGCCUGGCUCUCAGGUGGGGCCAAUCUCAGGCCGAACACAUCCUUUCAGGAAAUUCAACUAAAACCAUUAGUUCCUUUAUUAAAAAUUGCACCAAGGGAGUCUUUAAUUGGCACUUGGCGAUCUCCUUAUAGAUUUAUUUUAUGCACUAUUCUGGGGCGUACAUGCAAGAGCUAAAGUUUUAAAUGACUUUUUAAGAAUUUUAUGUGUGUUGGUGUUUUGCCUGCAUGUGUGUCUGUGUGUGUGUGUGUGUCAGACUCCUGGAACUGGAAUUACAGGCAGUUGCUGUCAUGUGGGUGCUGGGAAUUGAACCCAGGACCUCUGGAAGAGCAGCCUGUGCUCUUAACCACAGAGCCAUCUUCUCCAGCCCCAGGAACUAAAAGUCUUCAAACAAGGGUCAGGAACCUUUUGUAUGUGGUUUAUUUUUAUUAUUAAGCUAAUUGGGCUUUUACAUAGUUCGGGUUAGCCACCACGCCCAAAUGUACAUAGAUUCUCUUAUUUAUAUAAAGAUUUUGUUUUUAUUUUAAAUUAUGUUUGUAUAUGUGGUGCAGUACCUGCCGAAGUCAGAAGAGGGCGCUGUAUCUCGUGGGGCUGGAGUUGCAGCCGGUUGUGAGUUGCCUGAGGUGGAACAGGGCUUGUUUUACCACUGAGCGCUCUCUGCAAACCUUAGACAUUGUUUCUUAUCUGUAACAAUAACUAUUCAGGGUAUGGAAUAUUUGUUAUGAGUUCCUCAUGCUGGCAUCCAACUCUGUUUUUUCUUUUGUACUGUGUUGUUUGAACCAAUAAAGACAUUGACUCAAA